UGUGCACGAGUUUUAAAAGUUAGGGUUCUAGCUCUCGUCUUCACAUAUCACAUAACCAUGGCUGAAGAAAAAACAGCUGAACCCACCGAGCUCAACCAGGAGGCUCUAGACCCAGUCUCUGAAGACAUGGAUCUCGUGGGGGAAUCGGCCGCAAAUGCAGCGAAACGAGCAAGGGAGGAGGAAGGUGACGAUGAUGUAUCAAAAAAGCAGAAGAUGGACAAGUCAGUUGAGGAAGAGAGAUUAGAGAAGCUUGGUGGUGAGCAGAAGGAAGAGGAAGAGGAAGGGGAUGAACAGAAGGGGGAGACAGCCCCGGUUAGCUUGGGUCCGAAAAGUUUCGGUUCUUCGGUGGAGAUGUUUGAUUAUUUCUAUAAUUUCCUUCAUUAUUGGCCUCCAAAUAUCAAUAUCAACCAGUAUGAGCACAUGGCGUUGUUGGACUUGCUUAAGAAGGGCCAUUUAGAGCCUGAGAAAAAGAUUGGUGUUGGAGUCCAAGCUUUCCAAGUCCGAUAUCAUCCAAUGUGGAAGAGUAGAUGCUUCUUCCUGAUCAGGGAUGAUGAUUCUGUUGAUGAUUUCAGCUUCAGGAAGUGUGUGGAUAAAAUACUUCCGCUGCCAGAGGACAUGAAAAUAAGAUCUGAUGGAAACAAUAAGGGCAAUGGUGGAAGAGGUGGUGGUGGUGGAAGAGGAGGCCGAGGCCGAGGCCGUGGCCAUGCCCGUGGAAGAGGUGGUAAAUCAAGAAACUGAAGCAUUUUCUUUGUUUUACCCAGAGCAAGGGGUAUGUGGAAGAAAAAAACAACCGGUAUCACUUGUGUUUCUUCUGUAUUUACUCAGUUGAGCAACUAGUUUUUGUCCUAGUUUUGAUUCUUAAACUUCAGUGGUUUCUGAAUAGUGUUAGAGAUCCCUAUUUUUGGCUAUUUUAUGUCUUGCUGUUAGCCGCUGAUUUUCGUCCUCAUUCCUUCAUAUAAAAACAAGGUCAAUUGUCAUGUAUUGCUCUAUACUCAAUUGCGUUUUAGGUUAGACAUCAAGCUGUUCCUUA